GACAUCUAUAUGAACACAUAGUUGAUUUUUCGUGUCUCUCUUAUCUUAAUUAAAUUCUUAUUUCAUUCAAAUGCAAGAAGCUCAAGAGUUGGCAACAAAUACCAUCGGAUUAGCAGAUGAAGAUAGGCCAGUUGAAAGCCAAAAUGAGGCUACAAGCUCCUCAAUGGUUGUAAAGAAGUACAAAUAUUGGUGGAUAAAGAUAGCAGUGUUCACAAUUUUUGUACUCUCGGGCCAAUCCGUUGCAGUUAUGUUAGGAAGUCUUUACUUUAAUGAAGGAGGAAAUAGUAAAUGGAUGGCAACACUUGUUCAAACUGCUGGCUUUCCACUUCAGCUUCCUUUACUCUUCAUGUAUUUACCAUCAAAAACAUCCCCUAAACAACACCAAAUUACUACUAUACAACCACCUUCUAGGACUACCCUUUUCAUGCUUUAUAUGUUUCUUGGUAUAUUCUUGGCUGCAGACUGCAUGUUAUAUACCCUUGGAUUGAAAUUUUUGCCCGUUUCAACGUACACUUUAAUCUGUGCAACCCAGCUAGCAUUUAACGCCCUGUUUUCCUACUUUUUAAACGGGCAGAAGCUCACUCCUUUCAUUACCAAUUCACUUGUUGUUCUUAGCUUUUCGUCUUCACUACUUGUGUUCCAAAGUGAUUCUGAGCAGAGCAGGAAAGCUUCGAGAAGCAAGUAUAUUAUUGGAUUUGUGUGCACAGUCGCUGCUUCUGCAGGCUAUGGGUUGAUGCUUUCUGUAACACAGCUUGCAUUUAAAAGGAUCUUGAAAUCAGAAAGUUACAGAGUGGUAUUCGAUGUCGUCCUAUACCAAAACAUGGUAGCCAGUGUUGUAAUUCUCAUGGGACUAUUUGCUAGCGGCGAAUGGAAUGACAUACAGGGAGAGAUGGAAGGUUACAAGUUGGGCCAAGUUUCAUACAUAAUGAAUUUAGUAUGGACAGCCAUUACAUGGCAGGUUUUUUCAAUUGGGUGUGUAGGUUUGAUAUUCGAGGUUUCAUCCUUGUUCUCGAAUGUGAUUAGUACUUUAGGCAUUCCUAUUGUACCCGUUCUGGCAGUAGUAUUUUUCCAUGACAAGAUGAAUGGUGUGAAGGUGAUUUCAAUGUUGUUGGCUAUUUGGGGGUUUAUCUCGUAUGUCUAUCAGCAUUAUCUUGAUGACUUGAAAGAAAAAGGUGAGGCUAAAAUUGUAAAUCAUGAAGUAGAUCUCGUAGAAACAAGAAUUGAUUAAAUCUAUGAGUAGAAUAAGAUGUAUGCAUGAGACGUGCGCGUGCGCGUCGUUUUAAUCAAUUUCUGGUUGUAUCAUCCGUUAAAA